AUGAAUGGGAGAAGAGAGGAGAUUGAAGAGGCAAAAUUAGUGAAAAAGUUCCUUAAGUGCCUUCCUCGCAAGAAGUACAUACCCAUAGUGGCCGCUUUAGAACAAGUCUUAGACCUCAAAACCACACGCUUUAAGGACAUCAUAGGACGGUUAAAAGCGUAUGAAGAACAUGUCUUCGAUGAGGAAGAUAAUCAAGACGAUCAGGGAAAACUUAUGUAUGCAAACAUGCAAACAGAGCAGGCUCACGACUACAAUAACAAUAACAGAGGCAGAGAUCGCUUGCUUAAGCUACAAGCAACACAAGAAAACGAGAGCAUUGAAACGCAGGAGGCAGACGAGUUGAUGAUGCACGAAGUAGUGUACUUAAACGAAGGGAAGAUCAUACCAAGUAACUACGAAGUGAAGGAUGGCGAAGAGGAUAUCUGGUACCUUGACAAUGAGGCCAGUAAUCAUAUGAGUGGAGAUUGUCGGUAUUUCUCCUCGAUUGAUGAUUCUAUCUCUGGCAAAGUGCGCUUUGGAGAUGAUUCAUGCAUUGAUAUCAAAGGGAAGGGAUCGAUUGAGUUCAUGGACAGAAACGGAGAAGCAAGAAAGAUUACUUACGUCGACUUCAUUCCAAAUCUAAAAAGUAACAUUAUCAGCCUUGGAAAAGUGACUGAGUCGGGAUGUGAUAUAAGGAUGAGAGGAGAGCACCCCAUAAUGCACGAUCAAGAUGGAAAACUCAUCGCCAAAGCUCUGAGAUCGAAGAACAGAUUGUACAAACAUGAACUAGUCACUGGAAUCCCACAGUUUGAGAUAGAGAAGAAAGUGUGUGGUUCGUGCUUGAUGGGCAAAUAG